UGGUUCAACCCUAAUGCAGGAGCCCAAUUAUAAUGCCAUUUAUAUAGAGAAGAUAUACAACAUACAAAAGAUCUAUUUUGAAUGAAAAGUUUGUUCCUUUACAUAUAUUAUAUUUUUGUUACGCACCUAAUAAUUCUAGACUUAGUUAUUCUAUCAAAGUUCCCUGAUGAAAAAAAAAAAAAAAAAAAAAAUUCUCUUAAGUCUUUAAGGAUAUAAAAGAAAAUUUGCCAAUUGUAGCGAUUUAAAGUGUAUAGUUUGUAAAUUGAAGACAUUUAAAAAGAAAAUUACAAAUUGCAGCCCAAAAGUACUAAUAACUUGUUAAUUAAAUUCAAAAAAUGUAUUGAUUUGUGUGCAACUAUUUUUUUUGUCGCAAAAACGAGGUACUUAAGUUAAUUUUUUUGCCAAUUUCGAGCUCAAUUGUUAAUGACUAAAAUGGCUCCAAAAAUCUUAACGGAACAUUUUUUGACACACAAAACAAGAAAAAAUUAGAUUGGGUGGCAACUUAUAAGUUAUUAGUAGUUUUGAGCUGUAAUUUGCAAUUUUUUAAAUGACUGCAAUUUGUAAAAUAUAAACUUUAAAUGAAUGUAAUUGACAAAUUUUCCAGAUAUAAAUAAUCACGAGUAUAAAAAAUUCAAACAGAAGAACAAAAAGUGUUUAAAGUAGAAAAUUAGAAUAUAUAAUAAAUGAAUAUAAUAUAACCAAAUAAAUAGGUGACAUAUUAGGUAGUUGAUCGCGUAAAGCAUCACCCACAAAUUUGAUUCAAUCCCCCAAGUGGCCAAGUCAUCACAUACAUUACACUCAGAUAUUCCCCGACUCCUAACAUGUCGAUUUAAAUCAAAUUGAUAAGGUAUCUAUCAAAUACGAGUGAGAUUACCAUCCCUAGCCACCACCCGAUAUCCACAAGAAAGAAUCCAACCCUACGAUACGAUGCAUUCACAAGUCAAUUUAUGAAAGAGGGAGAAUCAAAAUGUUGUUACCAUAUAAUUAGGAGGCAUACAAUUCACAACUUUAUUUGCGCACGAAGCUUCGUUGUUACGUGUAACUAUCAUUGGUAUAUCAAUAUCUUUCACUCAACACAUACAUACACACACUAACCAAAAAGUAAAGACGUUAAGUUUCCUGGUUUACCUAUUUUAGUCUCUUUACUGUCGUAUCGUAUGAGAAAAAGUUUGUGCAACUCUUAACAACAAUAACAAUAAUAAUAUGGCGGAAGCCGAGUUAGACGACGCCGAGUCAUGGCGACUCAACCUCGACUCGUUCCGACUGCCGGAAACUCGUCCUCCUUCCAUCUCUCGUUUUGGCCGCCUUUUCCGUACACGCAGGAGACAAGGAAAAGUUGCCGAUUAUUACAAGAAGCAGGAAAGACUGUUAGAAGGCUUCAACGAGAUGGAAAGCAUUAAUGAAACAGGUUUCUUCCCUGGAAGUUUGACAGAGGAUGAGAUGAAGCAGCUUGCAAAAAGUGAGCGACUGGCAAUUAAUAUAUCGAAUGCAGCCAAUGUUGUUCUUUUCCUAGCCAAGAUAUAUGCAUCCGUAGAAAGUAGAUCAUUGGCAGUCAUUGCAUCAACGUUGGAUUCACUUCUUGAUCUUUUGUCGGGAUUUAUUUUGUGGUUUACUUCUCAUGCCAUGAGAAAACCAAAUCAAUAUUACUAUCCGAUUGGGAAGAAAAGGAUGCAACCAGUGGGAAUUAUAGUUUUUGCAUCGGUUAUGGCUACGUUAGGACUACAAAUACUGCUGGAGUCUGCUCGUGACCUCGUUACUAAGACGGGGCCUAAAAUGAAUCACACACAAGAAAUGUGGAUGAUCGGGAUUAUGGUCUCUGUAACAGUAGUGAAGUUUUGUCUUAUGAUCUACUGUCGUAGAUUUAAAAAUGAGAUUGUUCGUGCCUAUGCUCAAGAUCAUUUCUUUGAUGUUGUUACAAACUCUAUUGGUCUGGCGACUGCAGUUCUUGCUGUUCGAUUCUUUUGGUGGAUUGAUCCAACCGGUGCCAUAAUUAUUGCAUUGUACACUAUCAGUACAUGGGCAAGAACUGUCAUUGAGAAUGUCUGGUCACUGAUCGGAAGGACUGCACCACCAGAGUUCCUAGCCAAGUUAACAUAUCUUAUAUGGAAUCAUAAUGAGGAGAUAAAGCACAUUGACACCGUACGAGCAUACACGUUUGGUACACAUUACUUUGCAGAGGUUGACAUUGUGCUGCCGGAAGAUAUGCUUCUGAACCAAGCACAUAACAUCGGUGAGACACUCCAAGAGAAACUCGAGCAGCUACCUGAUGUAGAGCGAGCAUUUGUGCAUAUCGAUUUUGAGUUCACCCACCGACCAGAGCACAAAGCAAAAGUUUGAGGAUCCUAGAAAAAGACUUAUUAAAAAAGCUAGGAAUUUUAUCAAGUACUAUCAGAUGAAUUUUUCCAUGUUUAUAGGUAAUACUGUGCACGGUUUUAUAUACUGUAAUAAUAAUAAUAAUAUCAGUUGUUGGAAAAUUCCUUUCGAUCUUUAUCUGAGCUACUAGCCUACUAGUACAUGGUCACCAAUUCACCAAGGGAUAUCUGUACAUUAGUUAUCUUGAAUUCCUGAUAUGUGAUGACUGAUUCAUUUGGAAGAAAAAACCAAAUGCAAGAUUUUUGUGA